GAAAACAAUGAUUUCCAUGUACAUGAUCUUCAUGGCUCUGGCAACAACAGCUCUGGGAAAAGGGUCGAUUGAAUGCAAUUUCUCUGAACCUACUGGAGCUCAGCAGUGUUUUGGAGCCGUUGGACAGCUGUUGAUUUUUCAUUUGCCAAAUGCAGAAUAUACAGAGGUUAAGUUGACAAAGGAUGAUAAAUAUCUUAUUUUAAAAAUAGUCAAAAAUCAGACAGUGACUCUGCAUGAGGAAUAUGCAAAUGAGUUUGAACGCUUCACAAAUGGAACAAUCAAUCUAGGUAAAGCAAUGAAGAGACACUCUGGAGAUUACCUGUUGGAAGAAUUUGGAUCUAACGGUGCUUUACUGAAAAAAGUUAAAGUGCAUCUAGAAAUACAAGAUGUUUCUAACUUUGUGACUGUGACUGUGAUAGCUGGUGUUGUCACACUUCUUCUCCUCGUGGCUCUAUGUCUUGGUAUAAUACAUCUACAUAACAAACCAAGAUCCACAACAGAUAUUAAUGAGGGACCGAAGCCUACAUUUCAGUGGAUAUGAAGCCGGGGGAAGUGACGUUGCGGGCAAUUGGUCUUGCCGGACCGGCAGUUUAGAGGUGCGUGCGGUGAUUAGCAAAUAGCAGUCCGAUAGCCACCUGUUGGUGUGCCGCGGGUGUGUAAUGCUUUUGUUCUCCGCGUGAAGAGCUGGCAAGCUGCAUGUCAUGUGGCUGUCCUGCCACAACUGCUUUAUCCAUCAAGAGCGUCUGGCCGCAGCGUAGCAGCUGGGGAUCGUUGUUAUGAGGAGAGCCCCAAGUGACGUUAGAGGGAGGCUAACUUUGCCGGGGAGACCCAGACACGAAGACCAGAAAAAUACCAGCUUGCUGGCAGUGGAAAAUUCCCAGACCAGUCGUCAAAUCACAAAGACAAUAUCCUAUUGUAAAGGCGGAAAUGAUGUCCAUCUACAUUAUCAUCGCAGGUCUGACAACUACAGCUCUGGCAAAUGGAGCUUUGAAAUGCAAUUUAUCUGAACCUACUGGAGCUCAGCGGUGUUUUGGAGCACUCGCUGAGCCGCUGACCUUUUACCUGCCCAACGGCGAAAAUAAAAAAUUGAUGUUGACAAAGAACCACAAAAAAAGAAUUUUUAAAAUACUCAAUAAUGCAGUAGCAUCUAUAGAUAAGGAAUACCAUCAUUCUGCAUUCUUCUCAAAUGGAACUUUUAAGCUUGAGAAGGCAACAAAACAAGACUCUGGACAUUACCAGUUGGAAACAUAUAGAGCUACUGAUGGUGUAUUAUUGCACAAAAUCAACAUGUCUCUAGAAAUACAAGCUCCAGUGUCAAAGCCAGUUGUUUCUCAGAUGUGUCUGUCAUCCGAACAGAUGAUCAUCAACUGCUCCUCUGAAGGAGAUGAAAUAGAGUUCAUUUUCACUUUGGACGGUUAUUCACUGAUACAGACCAGAUCCCACUGCCAGACAAACUGGACUGCAGUCUCACAAUCACCGGCUGGGGAUGCAGCUAAACAAGACAAAUUCAGUGGUUCAAAUGUUAGCAUGAACUUACACGGUCAGCUUACCGGAAACUUGAUGUGUCAAGUUAGAAAUAGUGUCAGCAGAAAUAAAACUGUUCUCCAGCUGACAAGCUGCAAAGGUUUCAUUUCUCACUCCUGCCAUGUGACUAUGGCUGUGAUUGCAAGUGCUGCAACUCUACUGCUCCUUCUGGCUCUGUUUCUUGUUAUCAAAUAUUUUAAUAAGAAAACAAGACCCAUGACUAUUACUGAAGAUAACGCUGAAGAUGAAAUUGUCUAUUCAGAUGUUAGAGUGAUGAAGCAUACAAGGAAAAGCAGACCCAACUUGGAUCAAAAUAUAACGCUGAAGAUGAAAUUGUCUAUUCAGAUGUUAGAGUGA